AUGCGGACCCUGGGGCAGGGCCAUGAAAGCUAUCGGGAGGUCGCCCUCGGCCGCCUGAUCGCGAUCAAAGAAGCGGAGGUCACCUUCUAUAUUGAUCUCCUCAAACCGGAGAAGUUCCUUCCGGCCUUCUGGACGAAGCUGGAGGAAGUGAAGGCGACCGGCAUCAAAGCCAACCAGGUCCCCCAGCUUUCCGCUGACGGUCGCAACGUCAUCGGCUGGGUAACGUCCAAGGUCUGGCAGUCCACUUACGACGCCCUCGCGCUCGAUCUGCCUCACCUUUGCAACCGGGUCAUCCGGCUCGAAGGUGUCAAGCAAGAAUAUAUUUGGGAAAAGGGCGAACGUAAGAAGGCUCUGAAGAAGGCCGCCGAUGUCGAAAUGGGUGACGCCACAUCGGAAGCGCAGCGCAUCUCUGACCUCGUCAAUAAAGCUGUCGCCAAGCGCCUUGCGAAGAAAGAGGGAAACGCCGGCAAAGGGAAACAGCCGGCGAAGGAGAGGAAGAAGAAGACUUCCGCUGGUUCCUCUCAGAAGAAGGACGCUGCCAAGGACGCUGGCAAGCGCAAGGCCAAGGCCGCCUCUACGGGCGGGAAGGGCCACAAGCGCAAGGCCAGUCGCGACCAAGGCGGUCCCAGCAAGAAGACCCGUCAAAAUUAG